AUGUUAAGGAUACGAUCUGCUUAUAGAUCAAAGGUCAUUAAUGUGUCUACUUUAAGGUACUUCAGUUGUACUUUAAUAAAUGCAAAGACGACGACUAAUAAAGAAUUAGAUCCAAAAGUAUAUAAAUCUCAUGUUAAGACUAAGUUGAAUUAUUUUCUAGAGACAGGCCAGAUAUUGAAAUAUUCUCCCGAUCAGUACCAAAAACGAAUCAGUAAGAUAAAGGAAAAACUGUCAUACAAGGUAAAUCUGGGAUCAUAUUCCCUGCAGAAAGCUCUAUUGGUCUUAAGAUCAAAGUACGAUAGUAUUCUACAAACGGACUCUGGAGAUAUAAUAUCGACCGAAAAGUUAACUCCAUCCGAUUUAAAUAUCGAUUCUCAGAAAUCACUUGAAAUCUUCAAAGCAUUAGUGAAUAUCAAGAAAAUUAAUAGAAAGCCUAUAGAUGAAAAAUUAGUUUUAAAAUUAUUAGGCACGAAUAGCGUUCAACUCAAUGAUCCUUUUUUAGUGACAAGAGAUGUCCUUAAAUUGCUUGAACGUGAUAAAGAAAUUACUAGAGCAGUUUAUUUGGCAAAACUCGCGGGUUCGAAUAGUGGUGUUGUUGGUAUGAAUGCAGUUCUUCAGUGGUUAUUAGAGAGAGGUGAUACAAGGGCUGCUUUUAAGAAUUUCCAAGAUCGUAAGAAAUGGGGUAUUCCAAUAACCGAACAUACCUACACUAUAUUUUUUGAUGGGCUUGCAAAGGCUCAUGAAUGGGGAAAAGUUUCCGAUGAGAUGGCUGAGAAAUGUAUGCAAAUAUUUGAAACCUUCAGAGAAAGCUCAAGUAGUAAGGCGAUUAAAUCCGAUGAAAAUAAAAUCGAUAAGAGAGAUAUAUCGAAAUGUACUAUUGCACACUUUAAUGCAUGCUUGAAUUUAUUAAUGAAGAAUUUUAAGAAUGAUCAACAGUAUGCAUGGUCCUUUUUUGAUCUUUUACUUCCUGACAACACCGGUACGAGUUCAACAUUGAUUGCAGACAGUCAGACAUUUACCAUUUUUCUAAAUGGUAUCAAAAAACACUCUCAGUACAAGUCAGAAUUAGUUAUUAAUAACGACAAUUUAACAAAACAGGUCAAAACUUUAAAUUUACUUCAGAUACAGGGAAAGUUGAUUCAAAUAGCUGAUUUGAUCUUAGAAAAAAUUACAAUUGCAGCAACUCCGCCUGUACCUCCAACGAAGGAAGAAGUCGAAGAGAAUCCUGAUUGUCUUAUUAGAUAUAGACAGAAGAUGAAACGUCAGUUAGUUGAUAUUGACCAGACUUUCGUAUCUGUCUUUAUAUCUUGUUUUAUAAAUAAUAGUGCAGGUACAGGUCUUCAUAGUACUUCAGGUUCCCAUUAUAAAUAUAUUCAAAGUGGUUUGAGGUAUUUGAGUAUCUGGUGUCCUGAAGUUCAGUCUCUAUUUCACUUUGUCGAAAAAGUAAGCGAUGAUAAUAAAUACGUAUUAUUAAAACCUAGUGAUACACUUCAAAUUGGUACAGAUUCACGCUUGAAAAAUGCUAUUGAUUCUUGCGAGAGAUCAGACCUCAAAUUUAUUGAUGAAGAACUUGCCGUCAAAGAUAUAUUACCGCAGUCUGUAUUGUCAUCCGAACCAUUGGAGCCUUCAAAAAUUAAUCCGUUGGUUAUUUUUCCACCUCCUUUACUUUCGCAUAAUAAAACAAAAGCUAUAUUCAGUGGAAAACAGAAGAGAUUGGUAGACUUUACUCGUCCUACUUCUGCAGAUAUUAGAUUGAUUUUGUUGGAUAAACAAUAUAAAAAUUCUAGGGGAAAAUUUGGUAAAAAAUUAUCUGGGUCUUCUAAGGUUACUUUAGAUAAAAAGAAUGGAAUCAACAAAUUUAUUUUGAUGCAAACAUUGGAUGGGUUAUUACAAUUAGGAAAGUUAAAAGAGUUUUAUUUAGCUGUGUGGUACUGCUUAACUAAAUGGGGAGGAAUAUAUGUAAGCAGAACUGAUAUUUUGAAAGUUAUGAAUGAUACCGGGGUAUCAAAAGGUGUUUUAUCUGAAAGUUAUUUCCCACAGUUUAUUUCCCCAAAGCAAUCAAAUUCGGCUGAUAACAUAACCAAUAUAAAGACUGCUAACGAUUUCAUUGAUAUAACUCCUGAAAAGAAACUUGAACUAACUCCAGAACAUGAUCCAGAAACAAUUGACAUAAUGUUGAUUGAAAAUUUUAUUUUCAAGAUCAGUAAGAAUUUGAGUAGAGAGUCACCCAGUAGUUUGGCAACCGAGAUAUUUGCAUCGUUAGUUAACCCGUCUACAAACGUUAGUAAAACAUUGUCUCCAAGACCCAAGACAAUAGACUCUAUAUUUUCAGUUUUUAUGAAGCAAUUACAUCAUUAUAAUGACUCCAAUUAUAAUAGAGAAUUUAUUGAAAAACGGGAAAAGAAUAUUCCCAAUAACACGCCAAAAAAAUCCAUUACUGAAUCCCAAUUGCAGAUAAUUUUACCAUCGCUAAUAAGGUUUAUGGAUUCCUUGAUGAUUCAUGAAACUCGUGGACAAAGAAAAAAGUCUAUUGUAUCGAAUGAUUAUGUUGAAAGCUAUAAUCGAAUUAUUGAAAGACUUUAUAGAAGCACUUGGUCAAAUCUUGAGACCUCAGACGAGCUUAAUUACCAUAAAUUGAUAAUUAAAUCUGGUAUAUUACUUUACAGACCUAGACACUUGAUUGAUAAAAGAGAGAAGAUUGUUUUCACUGAACCUAUUUUGAAGUCGAUGGAACUUGUCUAUGAAGCAUUGAAGAAUUCGCAAUCGUUAGAUAAAAACGAUGUUAAAUUAAUGCUAUCAUUGAAACUGAUUUUUCAGUUAAAAUCCACCGAUGAAGCUGCCGUAGAGAAGCUCAAUUCCUAUGCGUCAAAAUGUUACUUAUCAAUCCGUUGA